GCAGCAUGGCCCCGUAUAUCCAGGAGUGGGUGUCAGUUAGAGUGAAGAAAUACUGCUCCUCCCAGGGUUGCCAGUGGCACAAAAUUUCCAAGAAUGUGCCAAAUCCCACCAAAAAUGUCGCUCCGAUGGAAAGGGCGAAGCCGUGUACGAGAGAGCGGGGAGCCGCGCUGGUCAAGUUAUGGAAUUCGCUUUUGUGCUGUGUUGUUACAUGAGCGUUGUGAGUGCUUCCGUGCGCGUAUGUUCAGUCAAUCAGUGAGCAGUCAGUCGCUGGGCGCGCGAAGGCAUUGAACGCGCUGAACUCGUGUAAGGGCUGUUGAAGGCCAAGUUGCCAUGGCCUGCUCGGUGCAGUGACAAUGGAGAAGCACCCCCCCCCCAGCUUUGUGGUGCUGCUAAGUGGGUCAGGGCGACGCCAGAUGGAAAGCCAGGCAGACACUGAGCGGCUUCACCGUCAGGAAGGCGCAAUAGGCGCAGAGGCCAAGCGCGACUUCCUAAGCCGAAAGGCGCCGGUCGCCGCGCUCAAAACCACCCUCCGCCGCCUCGCUCCCACCAACCCAACAACCACCACGAACGCACCUUCAUCACCACCACCAACAACCACACAAACCCCACAACGCCCUCAUGACGGAGGAGAAGGAGAUGGAGAAGAAGCAGGAGGAGGUUCGUCCGCCUCAGUCGCAGCCGUAAGCAACCGCCCUCCAUUCCCUCACAACUCACCUCCUCACGCGUCUCAGAGCCCGCCCCGCCGCCGCCGACGCCGAGGAGGAGACCGAGGCCGCGAAGGCCGAGCAGAGCAGGGAGGGAGAGAGGGAGGAGAAGGAGACGGAACAGCAGCAGCAGGAGCAGAAGCAGUCGUAAGUAAACCAUCAUCUCCUCACGCGAGAAUCCCCAUGACUACUACCCCAGCGCCCGCUCCACCACCCAGGACAACGCGGCCGCGCAGGCCGAGAACACCGCCGCCGGCGCCGCCGUCACCACCACCACCACCACCACCACCACCACCGCUGUCGCCACCGCCGUCACCACUGCCCCGCCGCCCACUAUCCGGGCGUUUAGGCUCCCCUAGCGCGCCCGCACGCCUACUACGCCUACCACCGCCCUCGUUCUCGCCGAGGAGGAGGUCGACGUGGCGGCGGCGCGUUACGCGCGCUUCCUGCGCCACCGGGUGGAGAACGGGGUUCUGAUGCGGGAGCGGAGGAGGGCGGAGCGGCGGUUGGAGGAGGGCAGAAUGAUGAGGGAGAUGAGGGAGAGGGUGGAGAGGUGGCUGGCGGGGAUUAGGGGCGUGGGAGGGUGAGUGUGUGUGUGUGUGUGUGUGUGUGUGUGUGUGUGUGUGUGUGAGAGAGAGAGAGAGAGAGAGAGAGAGCGGCCGGCCUGGCCUUUGUGCCUAUCCCUCGUAGGGUGAGCUACUAGGGGGGAGCUGGGGGUCGAUCGGGUCAGGGCUGAGGAGAGAGAAGAG